AUGCACUUCCGUCAUAUCAUACUUGGCCUUGCUUUUAGUCUCGCUCAUUUCUCUAGUGGCGACACUCUACCUGAUCCACCUGAUGACUCCUACGGUUUCAUAGUAUCGCUUGUUGCCUCUGACUAUUUCCUCAAUUCCAAAGGCAAUCUGAGCAUCUAUGAUGUAGAUGCCUAUUAUAGCAACUACGAUGCCAAUACAACUUCAUGGCUUAAAGCACUAGAUCCCAACACCGGUGCCACAGAUGAAGACAAAGCCAAACUGCUGACGGAAGCGGCCUAUGCCAAGAAAUUCGAUGAGCAGGAUUCCGACAUGGUAGAGGAUGUUCAGUCUUUGCUAGCCACUGUUUCUGGAAAUAUAAGUGCUUCAGUGGACGUACCGGCCUUUCAAGUAAGUUCACGGCAUGCUGUGAUUUGGGAAGAUUGUAUUUCGUUCUUCGCUUGCAAGACCGGAAAGAGGUGUGUGUUUCGUCUGAGGACAAAUCGCGAGCCACGCAGUGUUUGCGAGCAGCGCGGUGGCUCUCACUGUUGCAUCAGCUGGUCUACAUAUAAAAUCAGCAAGUGGUUCUUCCCAACUACUUGGACAUAUUGCGAUGGUUUGGUCCGCGAGCAAGCGAGAACGAGCGCUUCUUGUAAAGGCUUCGGGAGCAAGGAUGAAAGAGGCAAUAUAUGCCUCAGCAACCGUGCUGGUUCUUGUACUUAG